UGAUUGCCCUGGGUUUGGUUUUGAAGUCGUUUAUCAUAUUUUGGCCAAGUUGUAUGGUCUGUGCUUUAUCUUCGGGUAGUUUCUGGUUUUUAAUUUUUUUCUUUUUUUUUUGGAAUGGCUGUGCAAAUUCUUGUAUUUGGCUGCUGCUGUUGGCUGGAAAAUUAUGUGUUCUAAAGUUUUGCUUGUUUCGGCUUUUCAGUACUUUCUAUGGGUGAUUUCAACUCUCUAAACUCUGUCUAAUUAGAGGCAUUUAGAUAUAUUGUGAUUUGCUUUAAGGAUGUUAGCUAGUGAUGUUGUAAUAAUAAGCCUAUCUGGUUUCUUCUUCAGGAACUUUAACUCUCACUAAUGUUUAAUUAGGUUUAUAAACUGUGGUGCUGGUUUACUAUGGAUUUUCAGUUGUAUUUCUAUGUUAAAUUAGGAGAUUUGGCUUUGAUUUACUGCAGGGGAUGUACUGCUUGUGAAACUUUUUCUUUUCUUUUUACAUGUGAAAUGGAGAUUUGGGUAAAUAAACUGAGGAGAAGAGGGGGGAGGUUUGGAGUUGGUCCAAUAGGUUAUCGCGAAUGGCCAAUUAUGAGAAACUUGUUGACUAAAUGUAUUUAUUUGGCGUUUUUCUCUGUUUACACUUCUGUGCCAAUAGUGCUAUCUUGCGGAUGCACAAUGCUUUGUACAUUGAGCCUGUUGUGGUUAUCCAUUUAAGAGCUUGAAUAUUUUAAGAGAAACAGAAUUUAUAUAACUGGAUAUUGCCAUUCCAUAUAAGAAAUGGAGCUGAGUACUGUAAGAGAUGCAUUUGAUCGUGUUGCUAAAAAGCAAAAACUGUCAUCCUCCAAAUCCCAAGAAGUAAUUGAUCAAGUUGGCCAUGAAAUUGAACAAGCGUUAACAAAGAUCCAGUCAGUUGAUGACUCCAGCUUACCUGUUGAUCUGAAAUCUACCCUGACACAGCUAAAACUCAAGUUCAAUGCAAUUGAUCCCCAGCACCAGUUAGAAGGGUCACAGAAGGAAUUAAGCGUAAACCUUAACAAGUACUUGAAACUCCUGGAAAAGUUAUUUAAUCCUGACAUAUCCAAGGCGUAUAUAAAUGUUGACUUUGAUCACCACAUAGUGAAUCAGAUAAUUGCCAAUCAUUUUUACAGGAAUGGUUUGUUUGAUCUUGGAGAUUGCCUAAUAAAUGAGGCUGGAGAACCAGAGGUAUCUGCACUAAAAUCUCAUUUCUUGGAGAUGUAUAAGCUACUUGAGGCUUUGAGGAUUAAGAACAUUGAGCCUGCUCUGAACUGGGUUGCUGCCAACCGUGAAAAACUCAAACAAAAUGCUUCAAAUCUGGAGCUGAAACUUCACCGGCUUCAAUUUUUUGAGAUUUUGCAAAAAAGAGGACGGGCUGGUGCACUUAAAUACGCCAGAACUUACCUUGCCCCUUUUGCUUUGUUUCACCUAGAUGAAGUCCAAAAGCUUAUGGGUUCUCUCUUGUGGGCCAGAAGACUUGAAAAAUCCCCUUAUGCCGAGUUGCUGAAUUCUGCUCAUUGGGACAAACUCACUGAGGAGCUCACCCAGCAGUUCUGCAGUCUGUUGGGACAACCCUACGAGAGUCCUUUAACUGUUGCCAUAGCAGCUGGUCUCGAAGGAUUGCCAACACUCUUGAAGCUGGCAAAUGUAAUGGCAGCAAAGAAGCAUGACUGGCAGGCAAUGAAGCAGUUGCCAGUGCCAGUGGAACUGGGAAAGGAAUUUCAGUUCCACUCAAUAUUUGUUUGUCCUGUAAGUAGAGAACAAGGUAGUGAAGAGAAUCCACCGAUGCUGCUGCCAUGUCUGCAUGUGCUUUGCAAGCAAUCAAUCAUGAAGAUGUCAAAAACUAGCUCGCGCAUACUCAAGUGCCCUUAUUGCCCGUCUGAGGCUUCAGUGGCACAGUGCAGGCAGCUUUAUUUUUGAACCUCGUGAUAUUUCCUUCACUUUAUGAACUGAAUUUUGGUGGUGGCGAUAAGAUAUAUAUAUAUAUAUAUAUAUAUAUUGCAUUAAAUUUACUUGUAUAUAAAAAUUCUUUAUACAUUGAUGUUUGGUUUAGGGCUGAAUCACUUAGAUCAAAAUCUAGUCAACUUGGUUAUCCCUGGUAGAAAAUGUUGCAGAAGAUCUAGUGAAUUGGUGAUCUCAUUGUGUUCACACUGUAGUGAUGAGAUGAUGCAUAUAAAUUUCCAGUUGAAAUGUGCUGGAAAAUGUCUCAUUCUGUAGUUGAAUUGACUAAGCAAAGCACCUAGAUUUGCACAUUACAAUAUUUUAGCAUUUACAGUGAGGUGAACUUCACAUGAAAAGUCAUUCAGCAAU